CCGACAACUACGGAGUAUAUCACACUUCAAUCGUCACUCCAUUUUUCCAGCCACUCUUCCUUCUGACUGUGCUCAAGACCAUCCAAUCCCCAGUACCUCCUCAACCCACCCCACCCCAGACAAGCAAAUCCCUCCUCCAUCAACCCCAGCAACAAUGCACCCCCCACUCCGCAUCGCCAUCCUAGAAUGCGACACCCCCGUCGACAAAGUAAACACAAAGUACGGAGGCUACCGGGGCGUCUUCGCGAAAUUACUGCAUGAGAGCGCCGCCACCCUCGGCCAGCCCGACCGACUGGACCCCGAGACCGGGCUGGACAUUACCGGCUGGGACGUCGUGACGGCCCAGGAGUAUCCCAACCUGGACGAUGUAGAUGCCAUCGUUCUGAGUGGCUCAAAACACGACUCCUUCGCCGACCACCCCUGGAUCCUCAAGCUCGUGGACUUCACGCGAAAAGCCUACGAGGACAAGCGCGUCAAGAUCUUCGCCAUCUGCUUCGGGCACCAGAUCCUCGCCCGCGCGUUGGGGGUCAAGGUGGGCCGGAACCCCAAGGGCUGGGAGCUGGCCGUCUGCGAGGUGGAUCUCUCCGAGCAGGGGCGGGAACUUUUUGGGAGGGAGAAGUUGGUAAGUCUGCCGCCUGUCCCCAAUCUCACACCAAGGAAGGGGGCAAGUUGAUGGUUUACUAAGGAACUGGGCUGCUAGCGCAUCCACCAAAUGCACCAAGACAUCGCCUACGGAUAUCCAUCCGAGGUGAUCUCGCUGGGCUCCUCGCCGCGGUGCGCGGUGCAGGGCAUGUAUAUCCCCGGAAAACUGAUCACGGUG